CGCCUCUCCGCGGCUGCCCGCUGCCUGGACCCCCGGCCCCGCGCGCGCCGACCUCGGGAGCAGGGUGGCCAGGGACCCCAGCCGCCCUCGGUUGGUCUUUAAACAAAGCAAAAAGCUAAUCAGUAAAGGUCUUUCACGAAGAAAAUAAAGAGAGAAAUUACAAGAGAGAAAUCAGGCAUUUGGAUACUGGAGAAACCACCUAAAACGACUGUUUGUAUUAAGACAAAAGGAAUGAAAACACCUGGAAGAAAUUUGACUUUGUAUGAUGUUAUUGUCUAUCUUUUUGUCAUAAAAGCCUGCUAAGGAAGAGAGAAUAUCGUUCUCUCUAGAAUUAAAGAGUGUAGUGUAAAAAUGGAGACCACAGUUUCUGAAAUCCAAGUAGAAAACAAGGAGGAGACAAGAUCAGCAGAAGUUAGUCCUCAGGAUGAGAGGCGAGAGAAAAAAGCCUCCAUGCUCUGCUUCAAGAGAAGGAAGAAAGCAGCCAAAGCGCCGAAGCCCAAAGCUGGCUCGGAAGCCAGCGAUGAGGCAGGAGCUUCUGAUCAGCCGCAGCCCCGAGGAGGGGCCUGGGCCUCAUUCAAACGUCUUGUAACACGAAGGAAAAGGUCAGAUUCUUCAAAGCAGCGAAAGCCCUUUGAGGGUAAAGUGCAAUCUGAAAUAAAUGCUGAGGAUGCUGGUCUUUCCAAGAAAAAGGCAAAAUCCAGACUUAAAAUGCCCUGCAUAAAAUUCUCAAGAGGUGAGAAAAGAAGCAGUCAUUCCAGAAUUAUAGAAGACUCAGACUGCAGCAUCAAAGUGCAGAGAGAGGCUGAAAGAUUGGAUACAAAAACUCAGACUCAAUUGAGUGACCAGACCACAAAAGCCAGGUCGACCCAGGAUCUACGUGAAGGUGUCUCACAGAAAGAUGGUGAUGAGAUACGUGAAGCAAAUGUGAGCAACAGUGUAACUUCUAGACAGAAAGUGGUUUCAGUAGAACUUGGAUUAGAUACUGGGCAUUCUGCUAUUCAAGCAAAAACUCUAAUUCUUGAAAAAGAUACUGAGGCGAUCCAGGAAAAACAAGGUGUCCAGCAGGAGCAAGCAAAUCCACCUGAAACUUCAGAAACAGACCAUCAGCUACCAGUGGUUUCUGAUGUUCUGCCCCCACCUGCAAUCCCAGACCAACAAAUUGUGGAAGAAGCCAGUAACAGUAUCCUAGAAAGUGAACCACACUGGAAAGGCCAUGAAAGUAGAGAAAUUGUAGCUGAAGAGAGUAAGCCUAAAGAUACUGAAGUCAGUACCGGUGAAUCAGAUAUAAAAGAAAAUGAGAUCACUGUGGAGAAACCCAAAUCAGAAGAAAGCAAAAGGAUGGAGCCAAUUGCUAUUAUUAUUACAGACACUGAAAUCAGUGAAUUUGAUGUUAAGAAAUCUAAAAAUGUCCCAAAGCAAUUUUUAAUUUCAAUUGAAAAUGAGCAAGUAGGGGUUUUUGCCAACGAUAAUGGUUUUGAGGGUAGAACUUCAGAACAAUAUGAAACACUCUUAAUAGAAACAGCUUCUUCUCUUGUCAAGAAUGCUAUCCAGUUGUCUAUAGAACAGUUAGUUAAUGAAAUGGUCUCUGAUGAUAAUAAAAUAAAUAAUCUUCUACAGUGACUUUGUUUCCAGAUCAAGGGAGAAGGUUCAAUGAUGAAUUAUUUUACAUACUUGUGGCAUUUCUUAAUCAUUAAUAAAUGAGAGAUUUAUCAUCUGUGGAAUUUAAAGGUACAGUUCCAACCCAGAAGUACUAAAGAAUAAAUCAGGUUUAUAAAGCCCUCCCUACAGAAUCAACUUGACAGCAACUAACAGUAACAACUACUGAAAUGUUGUGAAAUGUAGUGAUUUGUAGCGAUUCAGAGGAAGUCAGUACAUAAUGUAAUGCAAAGUGACAUCAAGGGAGUUGUUAAAAUGGCAUGUGGAUAUUGGGAGUGCUUUUGGGAAGGAAGAUGUAUUAAUUGAGCACUUACUGUAUGCUAUAAACUCUUUUGUCACUGGUGUCACAAGAUCUGGUUUCCUUUUGAUAGUUCAACCCUGUGUAUAAGCUAACAUUGCAUUCAGUUAAAAUUUUUUUUUUACAGUGCAUUUUUAUAUUGUUUUAAAAAGGUAAGGUGAGCUAUUUUUCUGAGUGUGUGAUUUAUAGUUGUUACAUUCCUAGGCGAUGGUCUUACCUCAGUAUGUACUGCAUUUUCCCAAUUUCAAAACAACAACAAUGAAAAAAGGGAACAUUGUUUUUCAUUCAGGAGAAGGAACACUUCCCAUGUAACAAGUUGUCACAGAUAACAUACGAUCCAUCUUGCAGGAUUUUACAGACCAUAUUCGGAAACCCUGGCGGCGCAGUGGUUAAGAGCUACGGCUGCUAGCCAAAAGGCUGGCAGCUUGAAUCCACCAGGCACUCCUUGGAAACCCUAUGGGGCAGUUCUACUCUGUUCUAUAGGGUCGCUAUGAGUCGGAAUCAACUUGAUGGCAGUGGGUUUUUAUUUAUUUAUUUUUUGUUUUGUUUUUAGACCAUAUUCAUCAACCCCUCCUCAAACAAGGGAGAAAGGAUGCAAGGCCAGCCUGGCAGUAAAAGCCCUAUGGAAUCAUAAUCAUUUCAUGAAAAUAUUACUCAUUCUUGACCAAGAAUGAGCCAUAUACAUGGUUAAACAGAGUGAAAAUUUAUUGCUAAAGCACAUUUUAUUUUAAAAGUCAGCAUUCUGUCACCGUAUCUGUGUGUUGAGAGAGACCAGUAAAAAGUAUUUUACAUGGAUAUUGAAAAUUAACUGUCCCAUUCGUAUUUUCAGUCCAGCUAAUCUUUUAUCAAAAAGAGAGAGAGAGAGAACUUGACACCUGAGAAGGGCUUGUUUGCAUUUUUUAUUCAGAUAUUUAAAAGGGGAGCAUCUGACUGAAAAAGUAAUUUCUAUUUCAAUCUUUGUGUGAAAUGGCCACACUUCCCUGCCUCGCAGGUUAGUGUUAGGGUUUAUAUCGUACUGUCCCCAACUGUCCAAACUGAGUGAUGGUUAAUUACCACUUUGAAAAGAGAUAAAGGAAUGAAGAGCUUCCACUCAAGAUGUAAAGUACCUGUUAAAAAGAGCUUCAUCUUGGUGGAAAGAAUGUACUUCAAUGAUUUUAAAUGAUUUGAAUGAGUUCUUGUAUUAUUUAUGGACUACAUAUAGAAAAUAUGUGCUAACUUGUCCUACAGAAUCUUCUUUCUUUCUGUCUCUAAGUACAUAUUGAGACCUCUGGCAGAAGAAACUAGUUUGACUUUGAAUUUGAACCAAAUAAUGGAUAUUAUAAGCAAGAUUCCUUGCUGAAAUGCAAGUCUUACCUCAAAAUAUGUAUUGCAUUUUCCCACUUCCAAGCAUAUAAUCUUAUAAAGAAAAAAAAAGUCCUUCAGUUUAGCAAGAUGAAAUGUGGUCUUUCAAAACACAUGACCCCCCCCCAAAAAAUGACCUAACAAAUCAAUUACUUUUAACUGUAUAAAUUUUAAACAUUUUUUUUUAAAAGACUGCUAAGUCAUCCUCUCUAAAAAUACACUAAUUCACUACAUGCGGUGCUAAUGGACUUGAACAGCUACCAGCAAAUAUCACGUCAUACUUAAAAGUGCACAAUUUUUGAAACCUGAUUAAGGUUGGUGCAUUUUACAAUGUUCCAAAGAAUCCUGUCUUUAUUCACUGCAAGGAUGGCUCAAGCCAAUAUACUUGUAAAUUUUUAGUCAUUUCUCAUGAAUGAGCAAAAAAAUACAGCACUUACCAGUUACUGAAAAUACUUUGGAAGGUUUAGGCAUUAUUUGAGAUUUUUAAGAAGCAGAUACCAAGUAAAUAUACAUAAUGAUUGUUUUUGUUAAGAAAACAUUUUAUCUAACUAGUUCCAGAUUUUUACUUUUCCACUGUUGUUUGAUGUAUUUUUGAUUAGAUUAUAUUAUGAUUGACUGUUUUUAUGAUGAGAUGUAUAUUCUACUUACAUUCAUUCUUAAGUGGUUUCUCCUCAGUAUUUUCUAUUGAGACUAUCUGGUGAAUUAAAUAAGUAGGAGUCCAGUUUGAAGAAGAAAUCCAGAAAUUAAUUGGUCCUAAUCUGACUGUAUCUGCUACAUAGACAAAUCCUAUUAAGUACAGUGAUUUCUAAGGUGACCCAAAUUGUUUUGAUUUUAGAGAAAUAAGCAGGAGUCAGAUGGCUUUUUUUUUUCUUUAAUCUGACUGUAUCUGCUACAUAGACAAAUCCUAUUAAGUACAGUGAUUUCUAAGGUGACCCAAAUUGUUCUGAUUUUAGAGAAAUAAGCAGGAGUCAGAUGGCUUAGAAGUCUCUCAUAAAAGAUUUUCAAAAUUAUAAUAGUAUUUAUUUUAAGCAAUUUGAUCUUUUAUGUAAGAUAUAAACAGGCUUUUGUUCAAUUCUCAUCCAUUUGACAGUAUUAAAAUGAUCACUUGAAAGGCAAUUAAGAAUAUAUUCAUUUUCAUUUAAAUCUGCUGUGAUAUAAUUGCUGCUUUUAAUGAACAUUUAUUAAUUAGCUAGGAUUCAGUUUCUCUUUGAUUUUGGAGUUUUACAAGACUGGGUGGUUUACUGGCUACUUGUUAACAUUUUCAGGAUAUUGUCUUCCCCCUUUUCAGUCAAGUAUUACUUUGCUCCUUACAACCCAGUGGAUAUGAAAAUCCUCUAUUCUAUGAGGCACUGUUCACUUAACAUUUUCUCAAAGCACUUUUAUAAGAUAUAAAAAUAGUACCUGGUAACACUUAAGUACAGGUAGCAGAAAACAAAUGAACUUUCAAACAAAUUAUGUUCCCUGCCACCUCCUCCACCUCAAAGAAUAAUAAGCAUGUGGCACAAAUGGAGUUCUUCAGAAAAGCUGUCUGCAUAAUUUUCUUUUGAAGUAAUCUAUUUGACAGCAUCAAGUCUGUGACACUUUUAAUUAGUCUACUAUUUAGUGGAGUCUUAGAAACUCGGAUUUCCUUCCGAGAGAUUGGCAUUUCACCAGUGUGAGUAGCCUUCCUGCAAAAGGCUUUUGGACAUAUGGGUCAGGAGAGGGAACCGGGCAAAUCUGGCUUCUGUAUGCAGUCCAGAUUAAGUUCAUCCACAAACUUCUGACUCCAAGUUGCCUUAUUUUUUAUAGUUAAGAAUUCAUUUUUUAAGGGUUUACAGCAGAACUUUUAAAAUAAUUGGUAGGCUUUAGAAUCCCAUUGUUUGAAAAGAUCCUUUCAUUGUUGACUUUAUUCAGCUAUGUAAAGUCUACUUUCUAAUUUCAUCUGAUACUCAGUACACCAGGGUUUGACUUUCUGCCUGCCAUUUCUGCACUUUUGAAAAAUCCUCAUUUUAAGUUUGGGGUUAUUUAGGUUCAAAUUCCCAUAAUGUUUUAUUGUAUAACAUGAAGUUUAUAUACAGAAUUCAAAAUUGUAGUCAAUACCACAUUUUGUGGUACACUUUCUGAAAAGAAUUUUUACUGAUCCUUAUUUAGUAACAAAAAUGUAACUAUCAAAAGGAGGCUACAUAAAAUUUAGUGUGUCCUAAUUUAACUCAAUUUGAUUCACCACAAACAUUAGGCGUAAUAGAUGCCAAACAGGUUGACGACGGGCACAGACUCCAGACCCUCCAAGAGCUCAUCCUAGGGAGCGGCGAUGAUGGGAACUGGGACAGAAAUUGAGGCAAACAGCAGAUAAUGCAGCAUCGUCAGUGCCACAGCAGUGAAGAUGAGGAAGGUGCUAGGGGAGUAUGAGGAGAGAGCAUCUAAUCUUGUCUGGUGGGGGAGAGAUGGAGAUACGAAUACGGGGGCAAUGUGAAAGCAUUAAGUCUCUAAAUACUUAAACGGUGUAUUCAUUCUGAUUUGUUAACAGGUGCAGAAAAAAGCCUGUGUAAUGUGUUACAUAUUUAUAGUAGUUCUUUGUCGUUAAAAAUGUUAAGUGGAUGAGCUAUUACAAAAGUAAAAGUUCCAUUAUUGCACUUGUCAUUAAAAUUAGUACUAUAUUACUGUGGAGCAGAUGCUGAUAUUAAUGAAAUAAUACUCUGUAGAAAAAAAGGCUUUAAGCUAAAUUAAAAUAUGUGCUGAUUAUUAAUACAGAAUAAAUGUUAUAUUGGCUUAUGUUUUAUUUUAGGCUAUAUUAUUUAUCCACGUCUUUUAAGAGAAACAUGAGUAUAUUAUGUUCAUUUCUUAAAACUAUAGAGAUCACACUAAUGGAACUACAA